CAGGAAGCAGAAAAUCAACAAUCUUGCAGUACGGCAACUCUGGCAACAGCUGCAGCGAAACAACAACUACUAAAAAAAAAGCAAGCGGCAACAAGCGCGACAUUUGUUAGUCUUGAGCGCCGUCAACGCUGCCGCCGCAGCCGCAGCCGCUGCCAGACGAAAGCAGCAGCAGCAGCAGCGCAGCAGUGGGCAGCGAUGAACACCCAGCCGGAAUAGCAGCAGUCACGUUAGCAAGUGUUUUAGAACCCGCUAUAACCGUACCUCUGCUGCGAUACACGGCAAGAGAGAGGGACAGAGAGAUAAUAGUGCAAAGUAAACUGUAAUAAAAUCAUUUUCAAAACCUAAGCAAGUGCAGGAGGUGGGGGGUAGCGGCCUAAUGCAAAACAAUAUGGUAAGCAUACCAGCGGCCAAUAUGAACGGCGGCCUCAAGGCAGCUAACGGCAGCGGCACCGUCGUUGGCGUUGGCGUCGGCGUUGCCGGCACAGUGUUGACAAAUGCGCAGCGUGUCUAUUUGACGCCCGCCUCCAGUUACCAUCUAGCCGCACGCCAAACAUCUGUGAGCGGCGCUACAGCCGCAGGCGUUGGCGUUGUGUCCACCGCCAAAGCGGGCAAUAACAACAACAGCAUCGGCAUUGUCAGCAAUACAAAUGCGGCAGCAUCCACCAGCACAGCUGGCACCGUGCGCUACUUUUCGCAAUUUAGCAAACUGCAGCCGGUGCAGCAGCUGAACACCAGUGUUGGGCAACGGAAGCUGCUCAAUGGCGAUACCAUGGUGCUGGUUAAUGGCAGCAAGCCGCUGAUCUUUGCCACCCCAACCAACAACAACAAGUUGAUAGCAGCGGCAGCAGCAGCAGCAGCAACAACAACACCAACAACAGCAACAACAGCAGCAGCAGCAGCAGCAGCAGCAACAACAACCGCAGCAGCAACAACCACCGCAGCAGCAACAACCGCAACAACAACAACAGUUCCUAAUGGCAACAGGGUGUUAAUCAACAAGCAGCAACUACAACAAAAACAAGAACAACAACAACAACAAGAACAGCAGCAACAACUACAGCAACAACUACAGCAACAGCCAGCGACUGUGAUCGAUGAGCUGCAGCACGAGGAGCUGCAGAUCGGCAACGAAAUUGGGGACAUAAUUGAGAUCAAGCAGGAGGUGGAGGAGGCACUGGCCCUGCUAUCGUCAGCCCCAAACUCAAUCAAAUCCGCCGACCAGGAUGCUGAGCCCGAGCUGGACAUUGUGAUUAACAAUGUGGUCUGCUCAUUCAGCGUUCGCUGUCAUCUCAAGCUGCGCGAGAUCGCGCUCAAUGGCUCCAAUGUGGAGUAUAGGCGAGAGAACGGCAUGGUAACGAUGAAGUUGCGUCGUCCCUAUACGACCGCCUCGAUUUGGUCAUCGGGCAGGAUCACGUGCACGGGCGCCACCUCCGAGUUACAGGCCAAGAUCGCCGCCCGUCGCUACGCGCGCUGCCUGAGCAAGCUGGGUUUUCCGACGCACUUCCAGAACUUUCGCAUCGUCAAUGUGCUGGGCACCUGUAGCAUGCCCUGGGCAAUUAAAAUAGUCAAUUUCUCGGAGCGCCAUCGCGACAAUGCCAGCUAUGAGCCCGAACUGCAUCCGGGUGUUACGUACAAGAUGCGCGAGCCAAAGGCCACGCUCAAGAUCUUCUCCACGGGCAGCAUAACGGUAACAGCCGCCAGCGUCAAUGACGUGGAAUCCGCCAUACAGCACAUUUAUCCCUUGGUGCAUGAGUUCCGUAAGCAGCGUUCCGCAGAGGAGCUGCAGCAUCUGCGACAAAAGCAGCGCGCCCAGGCCGGGGAAGAUCUCAACGAGCUGGACGAUCAACUGGCGCUGGAGGGGAAGAGCGCUGUCAAGGAUGAUAUGUUCUUAAACACCACCUCCGCACAUACAAAUGCCAGCCGGCCGCAAGGAGCUGGCGCCAACAGCCUGCCCUCUGCAUCCCUCUACACAGCGAACCGCAUUGAGCAGUAUAAAAGCUACCAGGAAAUGCAGGAGCAGACGCAAUUGGAGCGCCGUCACGUCAGCUAUGUUAGCGACGCCGCCAAAGGCAGCAGCAACAGCAGCACCGGCGACAAUAUUUGUGCCAAUGCCCGACGCCGCGCCACCGAAUGCUGGGCGACAAAGCUGCAAAACAAACGGCCGCGCUACAAUGAUCCUGUCUCCACGGCGACAGUCACUGCCGGCACCAUCGCACGCACUGCCACCACCGCCGUCGCCGUCGCCGGCGCCAAUUACAAUGCCAACUUUAGCGCCAUCGGCGUCGCUGCUACUGCGACUGCGACUACGAUUGCGACUGCAGCUAAUGCGGUCAACAAGCUGCGCAACAACAAACCGCUCAUUCCCGAUGUGGGGCUCAAGCAGAGCAGCUCCAGAGCGCGCAAUGCAGCUGCUGUUUCUGCCACAAUAGGAAGCGCAGCUUACGAUGGCGUCUACACAAAACGUGAGACAUUCUCCCCAACGGAUUUCCAAGUGGACGAUCUGAUCGAGGAGGAUGGGGAUGACUUGGACAUGCACUUUUAAGAGCACCCAGCCAGCAGUGCAGCAUCGAUGAUCCAAGCGGAGCAAGCUAAUUGAAUUUGUUGAAACAGAAGUUGCCUAUGCCAAAUUUAUCAAGAGUUUUACAAAUGAAAGACACAAAGAAAAAUGCAACAUGCUCAACACACAUACACAAACAGACAUAUAAGCAUGCUAUGCAUUUUUCUUAUGUGCUCUUUUAAUGCAUUUAACAUAAGCUUAACAUAAUGGAAACAGAACACAGCAAGCAAACACACACAUACACAUACAAAUACAUACCCACACCCACAGCCACACAUACAUGCAUACAUGCAUACAUGCGCAUUACAAGCGGAAAGGGCAACUGCAGCAGCAUCAACAUCAACAUCAACAGAGGACGGCGAAUUCAAAAUCCAAAUCAAAUAUUUUCUAAAAUAACAACAAAACAAGAGCCAAAUAUUUAUAUUUAAGAUUAUGUUUAGACAGAGCAAUGUACGUAUGUAGUUUAAAGUACAGCAAACUACGGACACCGCGAUUCAAUUGAUCAGCUUUUACGAAAUGGUAUAAAUUUGAUUUACCAUAGGCAUAUUCACAUAUAGACUAAAUGCAACAAAUAUCAGCAAUUAUGUGCGCUACACAUACACAUACGUAUAAAUAAAUAUAUCAUUUUCAUAUACGUAUUAAAACCCUCAAUAACUGCAGUUACAACAACCUGCAACAGCGACCCGAACUCAAAGGAACAAGUGGAAACUGAAACUUAAUAAACUAUUGCACACAAACACACACACAGACACACAUAUAUAUAAAUCGACCAUCAUAAUCGAUUUCUUUGAUACCAAUUUGUAUCGUUAAUGCAUAUGUAACUGCGUAUGUGAGGAACCACCGCCUAAUAAAUACUGUUACUACAUUAAAACAAAAACUAAAACAAAAACACUAUGGAAUACAUUUAGUUCUAUGUUUCAUUUACAUUUAGUUCAAUUCAAAUUAAACAGAACUCUUAGAAUUUGCUGCACAACCGCUGUUACAUUUACCAUAUUAAGCAAAUGUAAUGCGGCUCUGACGUCACAAUUCAACAGCCGCCAUUGCGCAUAGCGAAUCCCAACAAAAAUAAACUUUUAAUUAGCACAUUUUAUUAGUAUUUUUUUAAACCUGUUUAUUUUUGACAUUUGGAUUUUUAAUUUAAUGAUAACAGCAAUUAAUUUAAAUAUAUAGAAGGUUCGAGUUCUAGACCAACAGCAGUCGGUGGAACUUUAAUGUAGUGCAUUAUUAUUACUGUAGGGGAUUAAUCUUAAAUUUUUUGUUUUUAAACUAUUUUAAGUGCUUUAAAAAUUCAGAUCUAAGAAAUUAUAUUUACAUACUACACUUAUAUCUGGUCACUUGUAAACCAAUAACAAAAAUACGCAAAAUAUGCUAAAACAAAUUACAUUUAAUUCAUUAAAUUUAUACUUUAUACAUUGCAUAUGGAAAGGGCAGAAAUACAUAUUAUAAUUUGCCAAUUAUCCGCAUUCAGUAAGAUAUUAAAAUCUUACGUGUCAACAUUUUUUUUUUUUCAUAAUUUUUAAGAUUUAAAACUUGUUCCUGUGUUGUUAAAUGAAGAAAAACAAAGUGAAAACAAAAAAUGUAGUUCAUAAAUUAUAUGUAUGUAUUUAACAUGCGUAUUCACGCAUUCACACACUUCAUACACUCAUACAUACUUGCAUUCAAAAUUAGUAACGACAGCAAAAUCAUAAGCAAUAAAUAUUGUUCUCUAAACUUUUACAAAAGAAACAAACUUACGUGUAAAGUAAACAGCAAGAUAGCAUUAAACAAGGAGAGAAGAUGGGCAUAAGCGUCUUAUAUGUAAUUACAUACAUACAUGCAUAUGCAUAUGCAUAUUGUAUGCACUAUGUAAAGUUGAUAAUCAACAACAAGAAAGGCAUUAAUAUGAAAAGAAAGUGGAUUGGAAUACCAUCGCUAAUUCUUUGCCGCAUUAAAUACUCACGCACACAAGCAUGCGCUAGAGAGAGAAAUGAGAGUAAGAGCGAAUGAGUGGGAGUAGAAGUAGAAAAUGAGGGCAGCUGCACAUGCAUGGGCUCGUGCAUAAGUACGUGCAAACAUGCAUAUGAAUUGGUUGGUGUGUAUUUUCUCUUUGGCUCAUUAGCGUCCCACAGAUCACGGAACCCCUCUCAAACUUAAUCAAAUAGCAAAUUGUACAAUCAUUAAACAAAAAGUAAAUCGUAACACAUCGCUUCCAUGCCAUACAAUUUUUGUUAACAUUUGUGGCAGAACAUACACAAAUUAAAGCAAGCCCAAAUUGUUCAAUAAACAUAAUUUGUACAUACGUAAUUAUUUGAUAAUAUGUACAUUUAAAAAAAAAAACAAAAAACACACUGACAUGCAAAUGUGAAUAUUUAUUGUAAUAUUAUUAACAAUACACAGCAACACAAUGUACAUGCGUUACGUAUUAUUUAUUGUGCGCAGCAAACGUUGCAGAAGCAUCACUAACAUAAUGACACCACUGUGAGCACAUACAUGUAUGUGUGUGUGCAUUAUAUAUACAAAGUGAUGUAGCUGUUUCUUUUAUUAUUCUCUUUUCGUACACUCGUGCUUAGUGCAUUGCCUAGAUUGAAAAAAAAAAAACAGUUAUUUCAAGUACAUAUGGGUAUUCUAAAUUUCUGAAUUAUGAAAUUUAGUUUGAAUUUUGUUUCCUUUCACUAUGCCACCACCACUGACGUCCUUGAAAAUCAGAAAUUCGUUCAUAUCGUUAAAUUAUGCAUAAUCAAAAACCAAUCAUUAGCAGAAACAAAUAAUAAAAUAAUUACACAUAUACUACAUACAUAUGUAUAUCAACUUGGCGAUAUUAUCUAGAGUUUUACUACAUGUUCAUUUAAAUGUAUUGAUUUUGUUAGUGUAAAAUUUCAUGUACAUACAUCAAUGAAUGCCUAAAUUAAUACAAAUACUUAUACACACACAUAUAUACAUACAUAUAUAUUUUGAAAAAAAAAACAAAAACAAAAAACAAAAAGAAAUUGCCUUUAGGGAACAAAUAAAAGUGUGAAACCAAGAAGCAAA